AUGGCGACUUUCCAGCGAUUGAUCCGGUUCCAGUCCAAGGAAGACGGCAGCAUCCAUUACGCAGACAUUGGCAGCAACGACGUCUCCAAGGUCCAAGGCACCCGAGUGCAGGCGUAUUCCUCGCUGGAUGCACUUUCAAGCAAAGCAUCAUCGAAUACCGUCACCGUGGAUAGACUCCUUGCCCCAGUGCCCAACCCAAAUCUCCCAAUCUACUGCGUCGGCCUCAACUACCGCAGCCACGCAGAAGAAGCAGGUCUCAAAGUCCCCAAACAGCCACCUCUCUGGACGAAGCCGGCUGCCGCUCUAGCAUCGCCUGGCGAAGACAUCCCCGUGGGCAAGUUCUGCGCGGAGGCAAAUCUCGAUUAUGAGGGCGAGCUGGUAUUUGUGACGUCCAAGGCAGCCAAGAACAUCACUCCAGAGCAGGCUCCAGAGUACAUUUUGGGAUACACUGUCGGGAACGACAUCUCUUGCCGGACACACCAGGCGCCAGAGAACUGUGGCUGGCAGUUUUACUUCGCCAAGGCGUUUGACAAGUUCGCUCCCAUCGGUCCAGUGUUGCUAGGCGCGGAACAUCUUAGCAAAGACGUCAAGCUUGUCACAAAAGUCAACGGCGAUGUUGUGCAGGAGUCGAAGUGUCUGGAGGAUAUGAUCUUCAGUAUCAAUGACAUCUUGAGCUGGAUGAGCCAGGAGACAACCAUCCCUGCUGGGACUGCUGUUAUGACCGGAACGCCAGCUGGUGUGGGCUUGUUCCGGAAGCCACAGCUGUUCCUGAAGGACAGCGAUGUUGUUGAGAUCGAGCUUGCUGGUGCUGGGGCUGGAGUCUUGAAGAACAAGAUAGUGGUGGCGUAG